GGUCAUCGCGCGCGGCCGGAAGGGGCGAGCGGCAGCCGAGCCGUUGUUCCGCUGCGGGGCCUGGCGAGGCGAGCGGGCGGGGCGGAGCGGGCCCCGCGCGGGCGGAAGGAGCGGCCAUGGUGGGCAAGACGGCGGCCGAGCCCCUGGGGCGGACGGCGGAAGAGGUGGCUUGGGCGGAGGCGCUGCGCGGGGCCUGCGAGCCCGAGCACCACUGGCGGUACCGGCGCGAGUUCCUGCUGCGCAAUGUGGGCGAGCCGCCGGCGGCGGGCAGCGCCGAGCUGCGGCGCCUCGUCUCUCUCUCCAUGGUGUGGGCCAAUCACGUCUUCCUGGGCUGUCGGUACCCGCCUCAGGUAACGGAGAAGGUGCUAGAAAUGGCCGAAGGCAUCCAAGUGACCGGCGCGCCCAUCCGCACCACGAGAGAUGAACUGGUUGCCAAGGUGAAGAAAAGAGGCAUAUCAAGUAGCAAUGAAGGGAUAGAGGAGCCUGCCAAGAAGCGAGCUGUUGAGAAGUGCAAAGAUUCUAAGGACACUGGACAAAAUGUGAAAACAACCAAGGCAGAAGCCCCUAUGGAAACACAAAGCACGUUGCCCAAAAAGGAGGAAAAAGAUACUAGCAAAGGUUCAGAAAGCUCCCUGUCGACUUGCAGUUCAAAUAAAGAAGCAUUCACCGCAUCAAUCACAAAAACAGAAGAAAAGCCUACUAAUGCUGAACAUACUGUCGAGCAAAGCCCAGCUCCAUCUUCAUCUGAAAAAGAGGCAGGAGAGAAUCCAUCUAAAGAAGGCAAGUGUGAAAAUGUGCCAUCACCUGAAAAAACUACAUUAAGUUCAGGGCCCCCAGCUGCUGCCCCGCAGGCGGCAGCGGUGCCACCGGCUGCCACCAACAGCACCCCUCAGGCAGCGGUGCCACCGGCUGCCACUGACAGCUCCCCGCAGGCAGCAGAGGUGCCACCAGCUGCCACCAACAGCACCCCGCAGGCAGCAGCGGUGCCACUGACUGCUGCCAGCAGUGCUCCACAGGCGACAGUGGUGCCAGUGACCCUUACCAAGAGCGCCCCACAGGUGGCAUCAGCGCCACCAGCUGCUGCCAAGAGCGCCGCGCAGGUAGCAGCGGUGCCAGUGACCGUUACCAAGAGCACGACACAAACAAGUGCUGUGUUGCUGUCCUCCAAAGCCCAAGUGAGUGGUCUAUCAUCCGUGUCCAAGAGCGGCGCCCAGGCGGGCACCUCACUGCUGCUGGCCCCCAAGGGCAGUGCUCAGGCAGGCACCUCUCUGCUGCUGGCACCGAAGAGCAGCACCCAGGUGGGCACCUCGCUGCUGCUGGCUUCUAAGGGCAGUGCCAAAGCAGGCUCCUCGCUCCUGGCCUCCAAGAGCAGCGCAGAGGUGGCUGCCUCGUUGCUGGCUGCACGGAGCGGCACGCAGCAGGGUGCCUCACUGCUGACAUCCAAGAGCAGCGCUCAGGCGGCGGCAUCGCUGCUGGCUGCUCGGAGUGGUGCGCAGCAAGGUCCCUCCCGCAGUGGGGCUCAGGCCACCAAGAGUUCAUCGCAGCUUGCUUCCAAGAGUGGUUCACAGGCCAAUGAAGGCCCUGCUAAGGCCUUGUGCAAACCGUUAACCAGUGAAGACGCAAAGGAAAGACAGCCUUUUUUCAACAGACUGUAUAAGGCUGUAGCCUGGAAACUGGUCGCUGUGGGAGGCUUCAGUCCUAAUGUAAAUCACGCGGAACUUCUUAACUCAUCUAUUCAGUCUGUAAAAGCUACGUUAGAUGUUGCUUUCGUUCCCCUGAAGGAACUUGCAGACUUACCUCAAAAUAAGAGCUCUCUGGAAAAUAUAGUUUGUGAACUGAGGUGCAAGUCUGUGUAUUUGGGUACUGGCUGUGGUAAAAGUAUGGAAAACGCCAAAGCAGUUGCUUCAAGAGAAGCUUUGAAAUUAUUCCUCAAGAAGAAAGUUAUUGUGAAGAUAUGUAAAAGGAAGUAUAAAGGUAGUGAAAUUGAAGAUCUGGUACUUCUGGAUGAAGAAUCAAAACCUUCAAAUUUACCUCCAGCUUUAUUAAAUCCUCGAGAGAUCAUAUAAGGGGAGAAUCACUGUACUGUGUAUAGUAUUUCAACACAAGGACUGAAGGUUAAUUUUGUACUUUAAAAAUGUAGGCUUCCAGAUAUUUUGUAUUUCUUUCUCAGUUUUGCAAGAUGACUCUAUUUCUUUCACAUGGUAGCAAUUGUAUGAAACUUGUUAGAGAUGACAAGUGUGGAUUUAAAAGGUAUGCCUUAAUACAUGGCACACUAGUGUGCUGUUUUAUUUGCAAAAUAGUCUACCUAAUUCUUCUAUUUUUAAUUAACUGGUUAAGGUACAACUUGCUGUUUAAAACCUGACAGUUUUGUAAUUACUAUGAUACGGUGGCAGUGUGCUCAGUUGUCUGCCAUGUCUUUUUUAGCCACAUAGGAGUGUGUACGUAGGGACCAUAAUACUUGAAUGAUUGAAAGUUGUUUAGAAACUUCAGUCAAGAAGUUGAGUCAUCCAUUUCAGAUGUAUUGUUCAUAGUGUUCACUGUUGCUGUUAUUAGGAGAGAAAAGGGUUGGUUGACUAUUUCUGUGAGACCUUGUAAAAUUUGCAAUGUAAAUGACACCCUGAUCUGAUUUAGUGUUACACUAGCAGUUUAGAUCCCAUUUAACGUUACACUAGCAAAUAACCAAUUAGCAGUCAAGUCACAGCUACUUCAGCCACUAUAAUUCUGUAAGUAGAUCUAAUUUAUAUUGUGAAAAAUCCUUUGCAGUUUUUUCAAAUAAACAUGGAUUUCUAUACUAAGCAUAUUUGACUGCUACUAAAACAAUAAAAUCUCUGGGAUGUGCGUUUAUAGUA